AAACAGACAGAAGCUCACCGCUCCCUUCUCCUACUGCAGACUUCAAUUUCUCUCUGCAGUCCACCUGCACCCAGCAACCAUGCUAAACUUCGAACAAGAGCUCCGAAUACGCUUGGAUAAUUUCUUCCGACAACAUACCGGAUUCUCCUCCUACGCUCAUUUCCUAUCCAUCCCGCCCAUCUUCCGCGAGGAAAUCUUCGACCAGCUCCUGACAACCGAUACCUUCCUCAUCAUGCCGGAUACAGAUGUCCGGGACGCCGUCCUCGGCGACGCCAUCCUUCUCUGCCAGAAAUACAUCACGCGCGACAGCGCCGUCACAAAGGAAGCGCUAGAAACUUACUACGAGAAGAACCACUUCCAAGUCUGGAAUGCCCCCUACCUGGCUGAGCUGCUAGUGUACAUGAACGAUCGACACUCCGAUCCGGACGAGGGCUUCGAUCCCAAGUUACACGUCCAGCAUCUGACUCUGGGGUUCGAGUGGGAUGUACUUGUGGAGUUUGGGCUUGGGGAGGACGAUCCGGAAGCUACCAUCGAGGGUGUUUUGGGGAUGUUGGGCGAGUGUCCGCGGUUGAAGGAGGUUGCGUUUGAGAUUAAGGGCACACCGGAGGGGAUAUCGCGAUUGAGGAGUAUUUUCGACGCGCAUGCGACGCAACUGCAGAAUCUUGAUGAACGGUUGCGGCUAAAUACUGACGAGGGCGAUAUUCCCGCUGGGUUAUUACUCUUGGAGAUUCCCUCCGAUCGACAGUUGCCCAGGAGGAUGGUCCCUCAUCCGUGGUGGGAUAUCGAGAGGACGGAGGAGAUGGAGCUUUUCGAAGAGGAUUGGUGGGAGCGUUUGGAGCAUACGGAAAAGAUACCAAUGGAGCUGUUGGAGUGAGGUUACAUUAGGGCUUUGUUUUUUCUCUCUUUUGGUUACCAGGAUGGCGCUAUGGGGUUUUACUUUUCCUAAUAUGGUUCGCGAUGGCGAAUAUGCCAUUAGUCUGGCUGAUAUUUCUGUCUUUUCUUUUACUCAGAUGACGUGCUUAGACGUCUCUUAUUAAUAUGAACUAGUUGACUAUCAUACAAUAAUGACAUUCGGGAAUAAUCGACUGCGCUACUGCGCUAUUACC